GAAGACUCUCAGACUCAAGAAACUCACUUUCCUGGAAACUCACCCAGAACAUCCACCCUCUAACACCAUGGUCAGCUCCUGUUGUGGCUCUGUCUGCUCUGACCAGAGCUGUGGCCGAAGUCUCUGCCAGGAGACCUGCUGCCGCCCCAGCUGCUGCCAGACCACCUGCUGCAGGACCACCUGCUGCCGCCCCAGCUGUGGUGUGUCCAGCUGCGGCCACCCAGUCUGCUGCCAGCCCACCUGCCGUCGCCCCACCUGCUGCAUCUCUAGCUGCUACCGCCCCUCCUGCUGUGGGUCCAGCUGUGGGUCCAGCUGCUGCAGGCCUACCUGCUGCAUCUCUAGCUGCUACCGCCCCUCCUGCUGUGGGUCCAGCUGUGGGUCCAGCUGCUGCAGGCCUACCUGCUGCAUCUCUAGCUGCUACCGCCCCUCCUGCUGUGGGUCCAGCUGUGGCUCCAGCUGCUGCAGGCCUACCUGCUGCAUCUCCAGCUGCUGCAGGCCCCAGUGCUGCCAGCCUGUGUGCUGCCAGCCCACCUGCUCCCGCAUCUCCAGCUGCUGCCGCCCCUCUUGCUGUGGCUCCGGCUGCUGCCUGCGCCCAGUGUGUGGCCGGGUCUCCUGCCACACCACUUGCUAUCGCCCCACCUGUGUCAUCUCCACCUGCCCCCGCCCCGUGUGCUGUCCCUCCUCUUGCUGCUGAAUCUCUGCUUUGAACAUACUGCUUCCUCAUUUCCUCCCUCCCCACAGUUGCAGAGCUUCUUUUUAAAAUGUGGAGGGUUCAAGAGAACUCAUCCUUGAAUUUCAUUGGCAAACACCAGAGAUACCGAGCCCACGUUCUAACUUCUCUCCAAACUCCCUCCCAUACAAAUGAAAACACUCAGAAUCUCCCAGGAAAUUAUAUUCUCCCAAAACUCGUUCCUAUAUCUUUAGGACAUCUGUUUUUCAUGCUUAAGGAAUUUGUCUCUAUCACUUGUAGGGCCCCCGAUUUCUAUCUCUCUGAUAUGGAAAUCCAAUGAAGAUUUUUUGGUGUACUCUUUGGUAAAGAUUUUCUUAUGUCUUUUUAUUUCCAUGAACCUAAAUAAACUUCCUCCUAUUGGCACUGAAAUUUGAA